GGAAGGUCAGGCCAUUAACAUUUGGCAGUUGGCACCAAGACACCCCGAGCAGCUCAGAAGAGCAUCAACGUCAGAACUGCUCGUGUGCCUGCUAUAGCUCUCGUGCAGCUAUAGCCUGCCUGGCCUGGCGAUACCUCCUGCUCCCACAACCCCGAUUCCGGCUGUGCCUUUGACCGGGGCCGGUCGACCGAGGAUGCCCGGCGGCGGCUUCCUCCUGAACGGCGGCGGCGUGCCGGACUACGGCAGCGCCCUGACCGUCCCCGUCGUGGUCACCUGCCUCAUGGCUGCCUCCGGGGGCCUCAUCUUCGGCUACGACAUUGGCAUCUCAGGGGGCGUGUCGGAGAUGGAGUCAUUCCUCGAGAAGUUCUUCCCGGAGUUACUGAAGCGGACGACGAGGCACGCGAGCAAGGACGUGUACUGCAUGUACAACAACCAGGCGCUGACGGCCUUCACCUCGUCGCUGUACGCGUUCGGCAUGGUGGGCACGCUGGUGGCGAGCCGCGUCACCCGGCGUGUCGGGCGGCAGGCCAUCAUGCUCACGGGGGGCAGCCUGUUCCUCGUCGGCGCGCUCGUCAACGCCGCGGCCGCCAACCUCGCCAUGCUCAUCGUCGGCCGGACGCUCCUGGGCCUCGGCCUCGGGUUCGCGGGCCAGGCCACGCCGGUCUACCUGGCCGAGAUGUCGCCCCCGCGGUGGCGCGGCGGGUUCAUCUCCGCGUUCCCGCUGUUCAUCAGCGUGGGCUACCUCGUGGCCAACCUGAUCAACUACGGCACGGCCAGGAUCCCCGGCUGGGGCUGGCGCCUGUCCCUGGGCCUCGCGGCCGUGCCGGCCGGCGUCAUGGUGCUCGGCGCCACGUUCAUCACGGACACCCCGAGCAGCCUCGUCCUGCGCGGGAAGCACGACCAAGCCCGCGCCGCGCUCCAGCGGGUGCGCGGCAAGGGCGCGGACGUGGACGCCGAGUUCAGCGACAUCCUGGCCGCCGUGGAGCACGACAGAAGGAACGAGGAAGGCGCGUUCCGGAGGAUCCUGCGCAGGGAGUACCGCCCUUACGCGGUGAUGGCCGUGGCGUUCCCCGUGUUCCUGAACCUCACGGGCGUGACCGUGACGGCCUUCUUCUCGCCGAUACUCUUCCGCACCGUCGGGUUCGAGAGCGACGCCGCGCUGAUGGGCGCCGUCAUCCUCGGCCUGAUGAACAUCGGCGGCAUCGUCGCCUCGGGCUUCGCCAUGGACCGCUACGGCCGGAAGCUGCUCUUCAUGAUCGGCGGCGCACUCAUGUUCACUUGCCAGGUGGCAAUGGCGAGCAUCGUGGGCUCGCAGCUGGGCAACGGCAGCAAGAUGCCCAAGGGGUACGGGAUGGCGGUGCUGGUCCUGACGUGCCUCUUCUCGGCCAGCUUCAGCUGGUCGUGGGGCGCGCUGUACUGGACCGUCCCGGGCGAGAUAUACCCGGUGGAGGUCCGGUCGGCGGGGCAGGGCACGGCCGUGGCGCUCAACCUGGGGCUCAACUUCGUGCAGGCGCAGUGCUUCCUCGCCAUGAUGUGCUGCUUCAAGUACGGCAUCUUCCUCUUCUACGCGUGCUGGCUCGUCGUCAUGACCGCCUUCGCGAUGGCGUUCGUGCCGGAGACCAAGGGCGUGCCCAUCGAGUCCAUGGGCCACGUCUUCGCGCGCCAUUGGUACUGGGGCAGGUUCGUCAAGGACCAGAAGUUCGCCGACGAGUCCACCUGAUCGACGUGCGAUGUUGAUUAUUGAUUGCGUGCCCUCGGUAUAUAGUACCGGUAGAAAUGUAUUGCUAAAAUGGGAAUGAAAUGAGCCGGUCAAGAGUAGGCCUUAUAAUGUACUGGUGAGUGAUGAAUGGACUGUUGGUUCGUCAAGGUCGGCUUACAAAAGUUCAACCAAAUCGGUAAAGAAAGUUGAGGCCCGUUUGGAACAAA